ACGACGAGCAGGUUGCACUGCGACCAGCCUUACUGACUGCGAGACGGUGUCUAAAAACAACAAAAUUUUGGCCCCUCAGACUCCCUGCAUCUUCGCUUUCGCCUUACGCUUUUGUGACUUGGACGCACGCCCCUUCGGCGCCCCAGCCUUGUAGGACAAAGGAGAGGGAGUCACCCAGAUACCCCUGUCUCCAACCCCGACUUGAACGCAGCUCGGCAGCUUACGCAGACCUCACCAUGGCAUCUGCAUACUACGAGUUCUACCGGGGCUCUUCCCUCGGCAUGGCACUCACGGACUCCCUCGACGAGCUCAUCACGAGCGGGGCGAUCACACCGCAGCUGGCGAUGAAGGUGCUCCAGCAGUUCGACAAGAGCCUGGCGGAUACGAUGGCGAACUCGCUGCGGGCGAAGGCGACGCUGAAGGGUCAUCUCAAGACCUACCGUCUCUGCGACGAUGUCUGGACAUUUGUGGUCAAGCAGCCGGUAGUAAAGCUCGAGAGCUCCGACUUGAUCUCCACCGAGAAGAUCAAGAUUAUAGCGUGCAAAAGCGGGGACGCGAUAGAAGCUGGGAGGAAGUGAUGCUACCACACUAGAGGCCACUAGAGGCUCAUGGAGGGAUUGCGCGAUGAAUGGAGUUCUUCAUGCAGAGGUUGGCCCCAGGAGGAAACAAAUUGCUCACCUACAGUACGCCCACUGAGCUCACGGUUCACGUCCAUACUGUACUUCUAGUAAUCGUCAAAUAUACCUUCUUCCUCUCCGUCAAA